AUAACAUUAACAUACUUUGAAUAGUUAUCAGUAGCAUAUCCAUAUGAUUACAUUGAAAAAUGGCUGAUCAAGACCAACCACAAGAGGGAGCUAACACUGUGAACAUUCAAGCCCCACACCUUCCAGCUGUACCACAAGCUCAAGUACAAGCUGAUGAACCUUCUCCCGGUACUGCACGAGAGGAAAUACCGUCCACUUCAGGUGAAACUGCGAGAGCUCAAAGAAUGAAGGGAUCCACCGAUGCCAAACUUGCCUUAAAUGAUUUUCCUUGUCCAGUCUAUGAAGUGGUGCCCUCACCAUCAGGAAAGUGUAGAGGAAAAGGAUAUGGAAAAACGACAAAAGGAAAAAAAAUUGUGUAUUCAAUAAAAUUCAUCAACUAUUUCAACGAGAGAACCUGGGAGCAAACAAAAGUGAACAUCACAGAAAAUUACAAACUGCAAAACUUGAGCGAACCAGACUUUGAAGUAAAUCCACAACUUAGAAAAGUGUCACGAUUCUACCUGGGAGAAAUGGCCCCCAAGGUUGCGGAAUACAAUAUCAAGUCUGAAUUCACCGUUAAAGCAAAUGAAGAAAAAGUUGGAAAACCUAUAUCUCUGGAUGAUCUCGUAAAACAAUUAACUAACAAGAGGUAUACACGCAUUGCAAUAAUCGGGCAGCCAGGGUGUGGAAAGACAACAAUUUUAAAACGUCUUGCUCAAAUCCUUCUAGUUGUCAAUGAAUUAGUCCAACAAGCUCAAGUCAGUCAUGGAUCGUUUUCUCUUUCAAAAAAACUCAAAAAAAUGAAACGUUGCUUUAAAUUUAUUCAUCACUUGAAUAUCAAAGAUAUUCCAAUUUUAAAAGGAACUUCCAGAGAUGAAGCCAUUAGCCCAUGUGAAUUACUUUUUGGAAAAAUAGCUUCGAGACUCUCGUCACAAGAUAAGGAAGAAGGCUAUGAAUGGCUACAUGAAAAUCAAUCAAAGACCAUUCUUUUUCUUGACGGCCUUGAUCAAGCAACUUGGUGUAUUCUUGGAAAACAUAACAAGAUGAAGUAUACCGAUAAAUCUAGCACAGCAACAUCCAUGUACAAUCUCUUAACCGGCAAUCUCUUUCCCAGAAUGACGAUCGUGAUUUCUUCACGUGAGCACAGAUUGGCAUCACUUCCAUCAGAAUUGAGGCCACAAUUUAUAACUGCCCUUGCUGGUCUGGCUCGAGAUGACAUCAAGCGUUUGUUCAUUGCAGUUAUGGGAGACGGCGGAGAAAAAGCUUGGGAGAAACUAACAAUGCAGUCGCCCGCACUUAUUCCGUUAUCAUCUGUUCCUCUUUUCCUAAUUUUCAAUGCAAUCGGCUGUAAGAACAACCCAGAUACCAUGACUGGGGUAUUGCUACAAAUCCUCCACAUCUUCAUGCGAUCCGAUCACACUCAUGAAAAAAAACAGAUUGAAAACAAACUCAGAAAAUUGAUGCUAAUGUCGUUCGAAGGCACAAAAGAUAGGCGAGUCAUAUUCACAAUCCAUGAUCUUGAAAAAGUCGAACUUGAUCCCAAUGAUGUUCAUGAUUUUAUCAUCAAAGUUCCUGGGAAAAACAUGUUCAACCAGCAUCUCAUGGAAGGUGACCAUCUAAUGUUCUUUAGUCACCAAAUUCUUCAAGAAGUUUUAUCCGCUCUCUAUAUUUCAAACAUGGAUUCCACUGCGUUUCGCGCCUUUAUAGAAACUGAGAUGGAUUACGAUCAUUGGGCAGUUGUUCGUCAUUUUCUAAGUGGAAUUAUUCUGAAUCCUGAUAUUGAAAGCAGUCUCAUAGCAAAUCUUUCCUCUGGUGCCAGACAAGAUGAGAAGAUAAGAUUUGUAAGAGAAUUUCUCACAUCUAAGUCAAGUCAAAAAAUGAAAUCGUGUCAUAAGUUGGAUCUAUUUGGAACAUUAUACGAAGCAAACGACAUCGAACUUAUUCAUUCUUGCAUCAAGGAAAUCAAUUUUAAAUUUGAAUCCAUCACAACAGUAGGAAUGCACGCCAUGUCAUCAGUUAUGCGACGCUGCAACCAACUAGAUAUUGUUUGUCUUUGUGGCUGUAGUCUUAAUGACGAGUUGGUUCAUAUCCUGACUUCAAAUCUUAAAGGUUCCUGUUUGAAGCUGAAUGAACUAGAUGUCAGUUUCAAUGAUACCCUUGGAACUGCUGGUUUUGGUGAACUUGGAAUAGUUGUUUCACAAUGUCAUGUGGAGGUAUUCAGUGCCGCGGAUUGCUAUCUGACUACAGAAGGAAUGAAAGCAUUUAAAGAAAACACUCGUAAUGCAAAGAUAAAGUUGCUGGAUCUGAGUAUGAACGACAUCAGCAGACUCAAAGAUGAAGGAUUAUCUACAAUCAGUGAAAUUGUUUAUCAAUGUCAGGUUGAAAAAUUGGGAAUGCGGAGAUGCUACCCCAACCUUGAUCAGUUGGAAAGAUUUAAAGCAUCAAUUGCAGAUAUCGGAGUCGAUCUCUAUGACUAAUAGACACCACAAACGAUGAAUUGAAUGAUUCUUAAUGCUGGGAAUGAGUCAUUCAAGCUUAAAUCUUAUUUUGGUUCCAUCAAAACCAUUGCCAGUAUAAUAUUAUUUGCAAACAUCACAAGAAAUAUAAUUUACUCCUUGUUUGAACUACAACGAGGUUUGAGCAAGUGCGUAUGGAUCAUCUUGUUCAAAGUGGCCAUUUUUAUUCAGUCCCAAAAUAUCCAUUGCCAGCAGUGAUCUCCCUACCCCCGAACCCCCCCUAAAUUUCAAGACUAAUUAGUAAAUAAAUUUUAUCACUGAUAACAAAAUUUGAAACAUGAACACCCCCUUCCCCCCUCUUGUUGGUAAGGCACUUAAAUUGAUACGGCAUAGAACGGGGUUCCAUCAAAAUUAGAUUCAUAAACAUGGGUUCGUGGCCCAAGAAGUUUGGGAAACUCUGAACAUAAAGUUUUGGCUAUUUUCUUAAAUUUCGAAUGCCAUUCACAUAAUAAUUUUUUGCAUUUUACUAAUAUUGCAAUUUGCAAUCUAUACAAAUCUACUUUCUGUAAAUUGUCGUUUUCUAUAUGAAUAAUCACUUUUACUUUGAAAGGUUCGAUGUGUUACAUUUACAUAAAAAUCCUAAAUAACAAAAUAUUGCAGU